GGUGCCUGAGACUGCAGAAGCAAGAGAGUCCUGUUUACUAUCUUGACGGGAUCUGGCAUGGUAGCUUGGGCUGGAUUUUUUCUCGCUCGCAGCUGUCAUACCACUUACAGGAAAGGGGGAGGCACUUGAUCUGGGGCCAGUUUGAACUGCUGCAGAGCCAUUUCCUAAUCUAACUUUGCAUCAUAUUGAUUUUUAUGUUUGCUUGUUGGUGUUUUCAUGUCAAUUAAAGCUGGAGGAAAAGCCCAGUGAGCUGGCAGAGGGAAGAGAGAUGCCACAUUUUGGGUGAUAACCUGUAACAGGUCAGAAGCAGUUGUCCCCAUACACUCUGAAACUCUCUCUGUCUUCUUUCUCCAUGGAAUUACUGAUGGCACGUGAGAGUCCUUGGUAAAUAUUUGGUCAGCAGGGUCAGGGGGGCUCUGACUGUAGCUUCCGGAUAGGAUGUUCCCGUGUGUACAACUUUGCUGAUAGCUUUGCUCAUCAAGCUGAGAAGGCCGGUCCUGUUGGAAAGAGUCAUGAAGUCCCCAGCUGUCCUGUUUCUCCUCAUGGGGCUCUGGACCUUCAGUGCAGGCCAGCGUUCUCCACUGAAUGGUUUCCAGAGGCUGAAAGCAACACAGUUGGUAUACCUGUCCCACCAGAGAGAGGAGCUGUCCAUGGGGGUAGAGGAGUGUGCCCGGCAAUGUGCCACUUUGCUGGAUUGCAGAGCCUUUCAUUACAACUGGCAAAGUCAUGGGUGCCAGCUGCUGCCUUUGACCCAGCAUUCACCGCAGACCCAGCUGCAGAGGAAUGUCCACUAUGACCUCUACCAGAAGAAAGGUUAUGUAAGGAAUUGCAUCAUGGGAGAUGGGAGUGAUUAUCGAGGGACCCAGUCGGUGACCGAAAAGGGAAAAACCUGUCAAGCGUGGCGACUGAAGUUUCCUCAUGAUCAUCGGUUUCCUAUCUUACCACACAAUGGACUGGAAGAAAAUUACUGCAGGAAUCCAGAUCAUGAUAAGCGUGGUCCCUGGUGCUACACAACUGACCCUGCUAUCCGGCAUCAAAGUUGUGGCAUCAAGAAAUGUGAAAAUGCUGUAUGCAUGUCAUGUAAUGGUGAGGACUACCGGGGCUUUGUGGAUCAGACGGAGUCUGGCAUAGAGUGCCAGCGCUGGGAUCUGCAGCAUCCACAUAGGCAUCCAUUCCUUCCAAACAAAUACCCAGAGAAAGACCUUGCUGACAAUUACUGCCGCAAUCCUGACAGUUCUGAGCGUCCUUGGUGUUACACCAUAGAUCCUGCCAAGGAGCGGGAAUAUUGCAACAUUCGGAAGUGCACAGAGAAAAACCGACAUCUACCUACUUCAACCAAUUGCUUCAGGCUGAAAGGAGAAAACUACCGAGGCUCAGUUAAUGUCACUACUUCAGGCAUCCCCUGCCAACGCUGGGACUCACAGACGCCCCACCGCCAUCAUUUCCUACCUGAGAAAUAUGAAUGCAAGGAUUUGAAGGAGAACUACUGCCGCAACCCUGAUGGCUCAGAGGCCCCCUGGUGCUUCACCACCUUGCCCAACCUGCGGAUGGCCUUUUGCUUCCAGAUCAAGCGCUGUGUUGAUGAUGUGGAGGUGGAAGAUUGUUAUCAUGGGAACGGAGAAGAGUAUCAAGGCACUGUUAGUAAAACCCGAAAAGGAAUCACCUGUCAGAAGUGGAAAGACCAGUCGCCUCACAGACCCCAGGUCUUCCCAAUCAAGUUCCCUACUGUUCGUCUUGAAGAGAAUUAUUGCCGCAACCCCGACAAUGACAGUCAUGGGCCCUGGUGCUACACCAUGGACCACAACACUCAAUUUGAUUACUGUGCCAUAAAACCAUGUGCUGGUGACAAAAAGCCAUCCAUCCUACAAAACACAGAGAAUGUGGUCUUUGACCAGUGUGGCAGGAGGGAGGACCGAGCGGAGUCACGGCUUCGUGUUGUAGGAGGAACCCCUGGGAACUCACCUUGGACAGUCAGCAUCCGCAAUCGUGAAGGAGUGCAUUUCUGUGGAGGGUCACUGGUGAAGGAGCAGUGGGUCAUUAGCACACGUCAGUGCUUCUCCUCUUGUGAUGCAGACUUAUCUGGUUAUGAAGUCUGGCUUGGAACCCUCUUUAAGAAUCCUGGUCCUAACGACCCUGACAAACAGGCCAUUCCCAUCAAUAAGAUUGUUUGUGGUCCCUCUGAAUCUCUUCUGGUGAUGCUGAAAUUGGAAAGGCCAGCAAUUCUGAAUCAGAGGGUGGCACUCAUCUGCCUCCCACCUGAGCGCUACAUUGUGCCUGCUAACACACAGUGUGAGAUUGCAGGCUGGGGUGACACACAAGGUACCGGUAACCCAAAUGUCCUCAAUGUCGCAAAGCUGCCAAUCAUGAGCAACUACGAAUGCAAGAUACUUCUUCGAGAUCGCCUGAAGGAGAGCGAGUUGUGUACAGCAGCCCUGCGUAUAAGCGUGGGGGCCUGUGAGGGUGACUUUGGGGGCCCUUUAGCCUGCCUGACCCAUGACUGCUGGGUAUUGGAAGGAGUGAUCACCCCAUCUCGGGUAUGUGCCAGCAAAGACCGGCCUUCCACCUUCAUACGUGUCUCUCUUUAUGUUGACUGGAUCAACAAGGUGAUGAAGCUGAGCUGAGCUGGCUGAAGCCUGUUCAUCCUGAAGUCCUGCAUUUUCCUGCUUUUCUUAGCCUCACCCAAGAAUGGCCUUGUUCUACUGUGUGUCAAAGGACCACCUGACCUUAGGAUCCUCCAGGAAGGAUCCAUGUUACCAAAGGAGAAGAUAUUUUUGAAGUGAGGACAUGAACUCUAAGGGUAUUUGUGCAUAUUGAAACAGGAAAAAGAACAUGGGAAGCAAACAUAACAAUUAUUCAUUUCUCUCUUACUCCUACAGGGAUAGCUUUUGUUAUGACAACAGAGACACAAGCAUAAAACAGAACAAAGCAUUAUAAUAUUCAUUUUAUUUUCAAGUAUUAGAUUUGAAAUUAUUUCAGGGUUACACUUCUUCCUUAAUUUACUAAUAUAAAGUGGUUUGAACAUGAAGAAUUAAGUGGUAAGAGACAUUUUGCCUUUCAGCAUCAAGUCCAUUCAAGCAGAAGAAUUUUGUCUUUUGAUUCCCCCCCCCCCCCAGAUUUUGGAAUACUUGCAUAUACAUCAUGAGAUACCUUGGAGACAGAACCUAAGUCUAAACACCAAAUUACUUGAUCUUUCACAUAUACCUUAUUUGCAUAGCCUGAAGGUAAAUUGAUACACAAUAUUUAAAAUAAUUUUGCAUACACUGAAACAUCAGAAAGUAAAGAUUUCACUUUCUUAGGCACCCAUGUGGAUCAUUUUAGAUUUUGGCUAAAAUAAAAUAUGAUUGCCAUCUGAAUAGAUGUAUGCUCAAUGGAUGCUGUAAUGAAUAGGUUACAAUGCCCAAGGAAGAUGAUUAUUUUAUAUGGAUGCCUGUGUGUUUCUACCAUAGAUUAAAUAUGGAUUAGGAUACACACAAUGUUAGAUAACAAAGCAAUAUAAAGCCUCUAAGUGUAUAUUUGCUAGGAUGAAUAUUAAAAAAAUCUACAGAUGAAGUGUUCCUUAUCAAAUGCAAAUCUUUACAGAAUAUGUUAAAACACUGUUAAUUAUGUUAAUUUUAAUGUUUGUAUGUGUAUAUGAAACAAAGAAGAGAAAAUUCCCAGUGGCUAUGCACUUUGUAUGUGCACGUGUCUGUCUGUGUGCACACAUGUUUUCUUUCAAGUUAUCUGUCAACUUUUUUCAUAGAGUUUUCUUAGCUAAUGCUGGUGCGUUGCCAAACUACAACUCCUACGAUUCAAUAGCACUGAAACAUGUGAAAGUGAAAUCAAACUACAUCACUUCUACAGUUUGAAUCAUUCUUACAUUGGUAUAACUAUUUAUGUAAGCAUAAGUUCUUUUUUAAGUGUCAAAGAACUAUACAAUAUUUCCAUGGCCAAACACUGCUUCACCUGAUUUAGUAAAUUGUACCCUUGCACUAAACAGAAGAAAUGAAUGUUUUGACAGUAUUAAAAGUUUAUUCUACA